UUUUUUAUUUUUUUUUUUUUUUAGCGGCUUCACUCAGUUCACCCACUUCGGCGGCGGCGCCCGCGGCGCCGACGCACUUGUGCGCGCGGAGCCGCUGCGACGGCCAACCAACGCAUAGACAAAAGGCGGGCGAAUUUCAGAGGCACACUUCCGCAAUCGGCGCGGGCGCCGCCGCAACGUCCCCCGUCCACUGACGUCUUCCACAUCCGGAGGGUGUUUCCUCGCGUGGUCGCCGUUGCUUUUGCGCUCGCAUCACACGGCCGCCGUGCACGAUGGUGAUAUGGGCACCGAGGAAACCGCCAAGACUGGCUACCUGCACGUCCUCCACCAGGGAUUCCUCAAGGGUCUGAUCUUGCUGCCCUUGCAGAAGUCGUGGUUGCACAAGUACUGCGCCCUGUACGAUAGCAGCCGGCACGGCGUGAAGCGGCUUGAGGUGUAUGACUCGGAGGAGAGCUUCUCUCGCCAUGCCCAGCAAAAGUGCAUCACCUUGGAGGACUGCAUUAAGGUCGUGCCCGCGUUGCAAAAGCACCAGCCCAACGUUUUCGAGGUGCACACUCGGACGCAGAGCCAGCAGUUCUCCGCCGACUCCUUCGGCGAGAUGACAGAGUGGAUCGAGGCGAUCAGAGGCGUCACAUUUGGACAGCAGGCUGUCGCGACUUCAGCGGUGCAGGAUUCGCCCAUCGUGGAGGAGGAGAACACCCUGUACGGAUCUCUGGAUGCUCCGCACGUGUUCCGGGUGCGUGCCCUGCCGACGGAGGCCGGCGAGCGGUGCGGCAUGCGCGGCUCCUUCUUCCUGCUGGUCGGGCCCCGGGGCGUGACGCUGGCCGAGCAGGGCCUGCGCGGCGCUCUGGGCGCGGCGCUGCUUUGGUGGCCCUACUACAGCAUCCGCCGGUAUGGCCUGCUGGCGGGCACCUUCUCGCUCGAGGCAGGACGCAAGGCGGCCUCCGGCGAGGGCCUCUUCAGCUGGCACGCCGCCGACGCCGAGGACAUCUUCCGCGCCGUCGCCUCGUUCGUGCGCACCUCGCGGGACGGCUCGGCACUGCUCGAGCAGCUGGAGCAGCACUGCUACGAGAACGUGCCCCUGGUCACGAGCGCCGAGGGCGACCCCGCGGAUGAUGCCGUGCAGCACGUGCGCCGCAACGGCGCCGAGUACGCCGUGGUGCACAAGUCUUCCACGAAGGCCCUCCACCCGCAGUAAAGAAGUGUUCUUCCACCCUGCGCUCCUCAUCGGGCGCUGGUGCGCGCGAAGCCUGCAUUGUUUGAAGUUUAUCACGAUUUUGACAAUUCAAGCUUGUCAUGGCGCCGGAGCAAAAGGCGAGACUAUGCACGUCCAACUAGGCUCCUGGCGCCACGAGCACAGCAGACAACAGUGCAAAAAAUAUGUAUACAUAAAUACACAUAAUACACACACACACAUAUACAUACUUAUACAUAUAUGUAUAUAAACGAAUGACUCAAUUAUACGUGCAAUAAAUCAAUGUAGUACAAUAAGUAUAAAUAAUGCAAGUGAAGAAAUAAAGUAGGUACAGAAAGAUACAGAAAGGCCAAAGCCAAAUGGAAGCAAGAAGUCUUGCAACGCAUUAAAUUGCAUAUCAAUCGAAAAGCAGGAAAAUCAAUUAGAAAAACAGGCGUCAAUUAUCAAGAAAAAACAGUUUCAAUUUUUUUCUGAAUAUUGAAAUGGUUGACGAAUUUUGCAUGAUAUCAAAUAAAAGCAUGCUCAUCAUUAAGUAAAUUAGAAAUCUGCCACUCUUAAAGCUGACUGCCGUAGUUUGUUCUGGUUUUUGCCUUAAUAAAGUUCCUAGCUUUUAAAGUGUAAUUAGUUGUGGUAUUAGUGUAUAUAGAAAAAAGUUACCAUGAUUACUUAUGAAUUGUAAAAACGCUUUUUCGGGUAACUUUUGUUGAUAUAGACUACUGACACUCAAGAUACUGUCCUGGUGAAAACACUCAGAGGUAUGUUCGUACAUCGAUAGGUUAUGAAUAAAAUGAACACACUUUUUCUGCAUUCGGAAUAGAGUUUCCAAGUUAGCUUUGGAAGUGACGCCCCAGAUAAAUAGACAAUAGUGGAAUCUAGAAUGAAUAGUAGAAAAGUACAACUGACGCUAAAGUUUUAAGGUAACAGCGUGCGAUGCUUAUUCAGCAUACCAAUCGUGCUAUGCUACGUUUAAUAUAACUUACGUGAUGCGUCCACCGUAGAUUUUCAUGGAAGAGUACACCCAAGAACUUGUACUGGGAAACCCUUUCAAGCAGUUGCGAUUGAAAUAUUAAAGAUGCGAGCUUAACUGGCUUGUUAAUAGGAGUAAAAACAAUACACUUUGUUUUUUUAACAUUUAGGUUCAGCUGAUUAGCCGAUAACCACACUGAAAGGGAAUUUAACCAGUUAAUAAGAGUAAUUAGAAUAGAUAUGUCAUCAGAAAAGAAAAAAACGUUUGUAUCGUCGGCAUAUAAUACAAUAUCGGGUGUUUCUGGUAUUGCCACGAUAUCAUUGAUGUAAAGCAGGAAAAUCGUAGAACCUAAAAUAGAACCCUGCGGGACGCCGUACCUAAUGUCUGCUGAAUCUGAUUUUAUGCUGUUGAUUUCCACAAAUUGGGAGCGGUGUGAUAGAUAGCUACGCAAUAAGUCUUGUGCAAUGCCUCUGAUUCCAUACUUCCACUCUGUGCUCCUCAUCGGGCGCUGGUGAGCGAGGCCUGCACCGUUCACAUGCCUUCACGGGCAUUUUCGUGCGAUAUGCGCGGUACUUGGCGUAACUUGCGAAAGAAUAUGUACUGGCCAUUCGUGCGUACUUAAUUUUUUUUUUCUGUUGACAGUGUUUCAAAACUUCAUAUUAACUCUGUGCGCACAAUUGGCAAAAACUGCGUUGCAUCUGCUUGCCUGACGUUGAAUAUUCGCUCCGUUCUACGUCCUCGUAGUAUGCUAGGCGAUUGUAAUUGCAAUUACAUGGUGUAAUUCUUUAUUAGCUAGCGGACGUGUCCUGCUUUAGAGAGAUCCGCAGUGUUACAGCUUCAUCGCAAACGUUGUUUGCUGCAUGUGCACUAGUAGUAUGUAACGGAAACAAAGCUUACGAGUCACUGGUAGCACAAUGCAAUCGCGACGACAGAAGCUUUAGCAUAGCGCUCUGCUUGCCGCCGCUGUUUUGGCCAGCUGCGACCUUUCAGUGCACCAAGGCUCACCAGAGCAGUAAUGGUAGCAUGAACUCCCAGACGUAGCAUUUGCUUGGGUCUAGUUUGUUGGUAAAGAACUUACGAGGCUUAUCAAUAGCAAGUUUAUAGAAUAUGAUUUUCCUGUGUCAAAACAGCCUAAAUGCGAGAAUACGCUUCCGAAUCGACGUCACAGGACAUACCGACGCUGAUGUUUCGUUGCAAAAUUAAAACGGAAAAAAUAGUCCUUCAGUUUAAUUGCUAGCAUCCAAUAUUUUCUUGCGAAUUCCUUUGUGCAGAUACAAACUAAUGCACGGUAGCUAAAAUUUAGUCCCUAAACUGGAUGGUACUGUGCAAAAGAACAGCACGCUGAAGCCCACUGCAAUUAUUACUUUCUACCUUCUUGUGUCAUUUGAGGCCAGUAAGGCAUCUUUUGCAUGUGUAAGGAACCCCAAAACAGUAGCUCAGCGCUGUUUGAAAGUGUGUUUCAAAGCAUCGGGAAGAAACAAAAACCUGCACCAUACCGAUCGAGCCUCUACGGUUCGGCUGCAGUUCGGCAGCAUCUUGUAAACCAUUAUAUCCAGUGCGUCGCCAUAUUGCAUACACAGAGGUGCUCUCUGCGAGCCAUUUGAUUUUGUCGCCAUGCUGGCUUGGCGCGAAUCAAGGAGGUUAAAUAAACAGUUUUCCUUU